AUGGCCUUCCGAAAUCUACGGUUCUGGAGCCAGGAGGAGCUGACAAGGCCUUCACCAGUUGGGCUACGAGCUGUGGGACUGCCGUACAGCACCGUCCCUCACGAGUCAGCAGGAGUUGACAUCACUUGGCCUGGGAAGUUCUUCCGGCGUUCUGUUGCUGCCAACGUCGAAGUGAUCCUAUAUGGAACAGGGGCCAGCACUUCAGACCCAGACGCUAGCAACAUUUGGCCAUUCAUGCCGUUUGUUUGCCCUCGGCACACCUCCAAGCAACGCCUGCCGUCAGACUUUGCACAUGGGACUACAGUGGUGGCACGGUGCUGGGACGAACGGUACAGGUCACCUGGAGCCGAGCAGGCCGAGUUGCGAUGUGUGGCAGGUGCUUGGAUCAACUCGGAAGGCUCUGCUGGCCUAGCCAACUUCGAGUGCGCCUCGUGCAUUGAAGUCGUCAGUCACAGCUACAAGCACCUGGCAGUUCGCGCCAAGGAGGAGCUGUUCUUCGCAAGUCGGUGGGUCUUCCAGCUUGGCAUUUCUGUGAUCAAUGCGGAGUACUUUGUGAAGAAUGCUACAGGUUCUGAGUGCAAAGAGUACGUGGCAGAGGUCCAGACUGAUGCGCCGCAGGUUUUGCGGGGCUUCCGGAAUAUCGAUUGCAGCACCGACCAGUGCUUGACAGCCUCCGCAUCCGGGCUGGUCCUGCAAGACUGCGACCACUCUGCGACCCAGCUCCUUGAUGCCAACCAGGUGUCGUUGCUGCUGCUGCAAAGUUACCAGGAAGAAGAGUCCUCUGAUACGGUCAUCACAGGCGAGAAGGGCAUGGCCUACUUCCACGAGUUGGAGCUGGAGACGGAGUGCGGCGGCACGUCUGCCCUGCGGGCCUUCAGCUUCGGCCAGGUCACCGAAUCGGAGCGGGAGCUCGGCCUCCAAAAGACCUGCACUGUCGCCAACUUCCGAUCUUCGGAUUUCGAAGAGAGCUUCCUUUGGCUUCGGGUUGCCAUGCAGAACCAGCUCUACAGGACUUGCGUGCAGUUUGGGGACACAGAUGAUGAUGGCGUACUCCACUUCGUGUCCUCAGCGGGACCGUGCAUUGGUUCGACUAACCAGCUUUUCAACUGGACAUACGAUGCCACAUGCGCGGAGUGUGGCACCAGUGGCUGCAGCGAGUGCUCUUCACUAAGCUUUGCAGAUCCGACUUUCAUCUUCAAAUUGUAUGCCGGCGAGAUAGCUGACGACAAUCAGGUAUUUGGGACAUGGGGGGGCAGCGAGAUAACAGAUGAGCCCUAUUUCGGGUACACAGAGUCUGGGGCCUUGAUCAUGUACCGUGACCCCGAUGGACCAGUCGCAUACCUGCAGGACGGCCAGUUUUCUGUGAAAGCCGAGUACUUAUCUUGGCUGUCCGACUAUUCGCAAGCGGCAUACCAGUGGACAAUCCUGAGCACGCUCGGUUUGUUGGAGCUACAGAUUGAUUGCGGGGAGCAGCAUGUCAUCCAGGAUUUGACCAAGCUUUCAGUGCAAGUCGACGGGUCUCCGGCUGACCAGAUGCACUGGAAAUGUGCUGAGGUGGUGGGCUUGGGUGCUUGUUUUGAGAAGACAUCAGUCGAAAUGUCGGAGCUUGACAACCUCGAGUCCUUGAAGCAUGUUGAGGUUGACUGCGGCGACGGCCAUGCCAUGCAAUCCCUGAAGUGUGAACAUGAUGUCAGCAGCCAAGCCAUUCGUUUCAGGGCCACUUGCUGCUUGGUGAUGUCCCUACCUGUCACACUGGCUCCCCAGGGCAUUCGUGAUCAUGACAUCGCAUGGGAAGAUGGGAUUUAUUGUCCCCAAAGUGUUGACUACUCUGGCCGACCCAGCUUUCAGCAACACCUUGGCUUCCACUCGCAGGAGAACUUUACUGGCAAUCUGACCUACGACAGGAAAACAGGUCAGUGGUGCCUGCUUCUAGUGGACGGGGACAAGUCGUGCGUCCAGAACGAUGCCGUUCACCCGUUGGCGCUGGAGACGAAGUUUGCGUACUCGAGCACGACAUCGAAGGACUACCCCGGCUACAGCAGUGGCUACGGCUGGCACAUGUUCCCGUUGCGCGAUUUCAGCUCGCAGUUCUCGGCACAAGGGGCUGAAGCAUUGGCCACGCCAGAGCCGACGGAAGCUGUGACAGCGUUUUCAAGCCCUGCAGCCGUGCUCCCAGUGCUCCCAGUGGCCAAACCAGAGCUCUUGACAUUCCAGACGGGUCAGCCGCAGUAUCUUGGUGAAUGUGCGGAUGAAUUCCACCCAGGACACGAGAACUUCAGCUCUGAAGACAUGAACACAAAUGCCUCAGGGCUGGGUGAGGAGAACCCUUGCCGUUACAUCUUUGCUAGCCAAGAUGAGGCGAAUUCCAUGAGGUGGAGGGCCAGCCCGGUAGUUUACAAAUGGCCUUGGCGGAAGUGGGAGGACUCCAAAGGAGUGACGUACAAGAGCGUCAAGGAGUGUGCUGAUCGAGAGAUCAGUCGGGAUGCAGACUUUGGAACCCUUUCACGGAACACUGACCUUGGGUGGGGGCUGCCGCGGAUCUUAGCCAGCGGAGCGGCGGAUAUUGCGGACUUUUUGGGCAGAGACGGGUGGAAGCUGUUCUUCCAACUAGCAGGGCACGGCAUCGACGUGGCCAAGCUGUCUCAUGAGUAUACCACGGCCACCUUCUACGGCCCCAACAACAAAAACGACUGCUUGCCUCUUCAACACGGCCUUGCCCGGAUGUUCUGCGACUUGCACUGCGUCCGCGAUGCUGUCAAAGCUGGGGACGCAGCAAUCCUCGCAAACCUGGAAGAGGCCGUCCACCACAUACAGAACUCGACUCAGCAUCUCUUCGAUUAUUAUUUGGGGGAAACCACGCUUGAUGAGGCAACCACUUCCUCAGGGAUGGUGCAAGCCAUCGGCGCAAGAUUGGCGGAGAUGCAGGCCAUGGUACGAGCAUCCCAGCUCCACCCCAUGGCCGCGAAAGCUACGGCCAGAAGCAUCGAGUCGUUCGUGGCUCAGCUGCGACAGCAAGGUCAGAAAGGUUGGACGGCCGGUGGCAACCUUACCUCGGGGCUCCAUCACGUGGAGGGCCAGGUGAGCAGGCUCCACGAGCUUGUGGGUGCCACGUCGACUCAGAAGAUCACGAAGGCAGAGUCCGUGGCCCACCGUGUCACGGAGUACGUGUCCUCCAUGACGCGAGUCGCCCGCUCCAAGACACACACGCUGGGCUUGUACCAAAACGUGGCCUUGAAGAGUAAGCAGAGGCAACUGCUAUGGGUACAAAGCUCACAGCAGAGCAUCGAGGAUCUGGCACAGGAGCUGCAGGAAGAGUCUUUGAUGCUGGCCAUUGACUCCGUGGAUAAGACGUGGUGGCAGCUUCGGGCACAGUUUGACAGGUACUUCGAAGCCAUGGAGGAGUACUGGGCUAAGUUCAACUCAGCAUUGACGGCACUGGACAGCUACACUGCAAGGUGCUCCAUGUCCUUCACGGCAUUGAAAUCAGCGUAUGCAGACUCCGCGAGGGCUCAUGGAAGUGAACAGCGGACAUUGAAGGCAGUCUGGUCGGCAGCGAACCCGCUGGUUGGCCUGCUGGUAUCGCAGGUACUGGACGCCGGGAUCUUGAGGGCCUUCGCACGGAGGGACGUUGGCACUGUGAAUACCACGGAGGUCUUACAGGCCAAUGAGACAGCCCAUUGCGCGCCGUGCGUGACCUCACGAAGCUUGUCUGGCAACGCGACGACGCUUCAGGACUCAAGCUUCGGAAGAGGUCUGCUUCUGCAAGCCAUGGGGCAGGCUCUUCAAAGUGGCCACUUCGGGCAAACGCUCCAGCAGAUCCAGGUUCUGUUUGAGGAGAUGGACAUGCUUGUAGACCGGUACGAGACCGCAGGAUUGGGAAAGCCGCCGAACUUGGAGGUCUUGGAAGAGUCCAAGCAACGAAUGGAAGUGUUGGCGACCUACGGCGCGAUCCGCAAUGCCACAGCCGACAAGAUGUGGAAGAGCUGGAGGGCCUCCCAUUGUGGAUGUUGA